AUCAUAUAAUCUUAUUAAUAAAUUCCCCACCAACAUCAAUCCAAAACCCUAAUCCAUUCCAAUCCAAUCUUCCAAAAUCCCAAUUCUUCACUACCCAAUUCAACAACCAAUUAUUGGGUAUUUUAUCUUCAACCCGCAACAAACAAUCCAAUCAAUCCCAAUAACAUUUCACUAACACAAUCACUUAAUCAACCAACCAUGAGACGAUGCUCUCAUUGCAGCAACAACGGGCACAAUUCAAGAACUUGCCCCAAUCGGGGCGUGAAGUUAUUCGGGGUCCGGAUUACAGAUGGGUCGAUCCGUAAGAGUGCAAGUAUGGGGAACUUGACCCACUACACCGGAUCCGGAACCAGCAAUUUGUUAAAUGGGUUUUCCGGCGGCGGCGGUGGUGACGGUGAGUCGCCGGGAGAUACUCCGGAUCAUAACGCCGCCGGUGAUGGGUACGGGUCGGAGGAUUUUGUUGCCGGGUCGUCUUCUAGCCGUGAAAGGAAAAAAGGUGUUCCUUGGACAGAGGAAGAACAUAGGAUGUUCUUAUUAGGUUUGCAAAAGCUUGGAAAAGGCGAUUGGCGUGGAAUUGCUAGAAAUUAUGUCAUCACAAGAACGCCAACUCAAGUUGCGAGCCAUGCCCAAAAGUAUUUCAUUAGACAAUGCAAUGUUUCUAGAAGAAAGAGACGGUCCAGCCUCUUUGACAUCGUAGCUGAUGAUGGUCAAGACACUCAUAUGAACCCGUCGCAACCAGAGACGCCAUCCAUAAACAACCCAUUGACCAUACCAACGCUAGAAGAAGAAGAAGAAGGCGAGUCAAUGGAUUCCGCAAACUCAACCACGGUUGAACCGACACCCGCACCACUAAAUCUCGAACCAUCACAAUACAUGUAUCCCGUCAUGUUUCCAGCAUACGUGUCUUCAUUCAUACCGGUCGCGAUCCCCUACUGGCCCGGACCGGGGUCCGGUCAAGAUCAAGCUUCUUCGCUUCAAACAGAGUCUCACGAGGUUAUCAAGCCAACAGCGGUUCAUUCGAAGAGCCCGAUAAAUGUCGAUGAUCUUGUUGGCAUGUCGAAGUUGACGUUAGGGGAGUCGAUCGGUGACGGUGCACCGAGUUCGCUUAAAGUGGUUGGAGGAUUGAGCGGGCAGUCUGCGUUCCAUGCGAGUAAUCCGGGUCAAAGAAGUUCUAGAUUGGAUUCAAACCAUAGUCCUAUUCAUGCAGUUUAGAUGCCUGUUGUGUGGGUUCUUUUUGGAGUUUUAUGUUUGGAAAUAGUUGAAGUUGAACUAGUCUGCUUUGGACUACCUUUAAAGUUGACCUGUUCCAAGAGUCUUAAACCUAUAAAGGACCGAGUGAGCAAACCUUUGCUCGUGUUCCGCUGAUGUUGGAGCGAGUUUUGAGUUGGUAGGAGCGCGCUGAUGUUGGAGCGAGUUUUGAGUUGGUAGGAGCGAGUUUCGAGUCACCGAGCUAUUAAACAACCAUAGUUGUGACUUGUGAGUUUACUAAUGGCGUCAUGGGUAUGAUUAAAAUUGUUAAGUUUUGAAGUGAGUAUGUUUAACAUUAUUAUCUUUAUUUGAGAAAUAUUGUUUGAA